AUGCCAGGAGGUCGAACUGCACAUUUAAGAUUUAAAAUCCCAAUAAAUAUCAAUGAUUCAAGUAUUUGCAGUGUCUCAAAACAAAGUGCCACAGCUGAAUUAAUAAGAAAAGCAAAACUUAUUAUAUGGGAUGAAGCUCCAAUGGCAAAAUGCCAAGCAAUUGAAGUAGUUGAUCGGACAUUACCAGAUAUAACAAACAACUCAGAAUCAUUUAGAGGAAAGGUUAUGAUAUUCGGAGGAGACUUCAGACAGUUUCAAUUGAAAACUAACAUGAGGGCGAUAGCAGAUAAAUAUUUUAGUGAUUUUCUGCUACGUGUUGGGAAUGGAGAAGAACCAACAGAAUUGGGAGAUUCUAUCCACAUUCCAGAUGAAAUGGUGAUAGAAUUCGAAGGUGAAGAAAAAUCAGAAAAUGAGUUGAUAAAUGCAAUAUUUCCUUCAUUACAACUUCAAUCUGAUUCAACAGAAUACAUUACAGAACGAGCUAUCUUGGCAACGAAAAAUGACACAGUAGACAAAUUGAAUGAGAAACUAAUUUGUCAAUUUCCAGGAGAAAGUGUUACAUAUCAUAGCUUUGAUUCAUCAACAGAUGAUGCAGAUACUCAAUAUCCUGAAGAAUACCCCAAUUCAUUGGCUCCAAAGGGACUUCCACCAUAUAAAUUAGUUUUGAAGAAGAAUUGUCCAAUAAUGCUAUUAAGAAAUUUGAAUCCUUCUCAGGGUGAAUGCAAGGGUACACGGUUGAUUUGUCAUCAGUUUCAAAAAAAUGUUAUCCUAGCAGAGAUUGCAGUUGGACAAUUUUCGGGUAAUCUUGUUCCUCUUCCAAGAAUCCCACUAUCUCCAGCAAAAAAUGAAGGAUAUCCUUUUCAUUUGAAAAGAGAGCAAUUCCCAAUUCGACUUAAUUUUUCAAUGACAAUAAAUAAAUCACAAGGCCAAACAAUACCACAUGUAGGAGUAUAUCUACCAGAACCAGUAUUUUCACAUGGGCAAUUGUACGUAGCAUUAUCAAGAGGUAUAUCAAUGUCUACCACCAAGGUUUUGGUGAAGAGGGACUAUGCAAAAAGAAGAAAUGGAACUUACACAAAGAACGUGGUCUACAAAGAAGUAUUAUUACAAAAUAGGUUAAAUGAUUUUGCGAUGUCUCUUGACGAAGAAUAA